ACCAAAAUUCUCCACCCCCUCUCCUCGCUAACGUGCGCACCUCCCCCCACCCCCUCACGCUAUCGUGCGCACCCCCUCCUCCUCCUCCUCUUCCUCCUCCUCUCCUUAACAAUGGCGAGCUAGGGCAUCGUCCCUCUCUCUCUCGCGGGCGCGGUGGGGUGGGGGGGCUCUUGAGAUCGAUCGAAACGAGAGGGGAAGGGAUUAGGGUUAGGGAUCAAUCGUGGCUAGAGAUGUGGGAUGCUGGACGCGCUGAUGAGGCUCCUAUCGGCGUGCUUUGCGCCCGCGGCCGCCGGAGGUGACGGGGGCGGCGGAGGAGGAGGAGGAGGGGGAGGGGGGGCGGAGGAGGGGAGGAGGGAGGGGUUGGUGUGGUACAAGGACAUAGGGCGGUGCGCCGGGGGGGAGUUCUCGAUGGGGGUGGCGCAGGCGAACCAGGUGCUCGAGGACCAGAGCCAGGUCGAGUCGGGGCCCUUCGGCACCUUCGUCGGCGUCUACGACGGCCACGGGGGCCCCGACGCCGCGCGAUACGUCUGCGACCACCUCUUCCGCCACUUCCGCGAGAUUUCGUCGGGCCCACAAGAUGUGACGGCUGAAGGCAUCCGAAGGGCAUUCUUGGCUACUGAGGAAGGGUUUAUCAGUCUCGUCUCUCAGCUAUGGAGCACCCGGCCGGACAUCGCGACUUCUGGCUCCUGCUGUCUUGUCGGCGUGAUUCGCCAAAAAACUCUUUACAUUGCAAACUUGGGUGACUCUCGUGUUGUGCUCGGUAAAAAAGUUGGGAAUACCGGAGAGGUUGCCGCCAUACAGUUGUCCACCGAACACAAUGCGAACAUGCAGGAGGUGAGGCAGGAGCUCAAGGCGCAGCAUCCUGAUGACCCUCAGAUUGUGGUUCUCAAACAUGGAGUUUGGAGAAUCAAAGGCAUUAUACAGGUUUCUAGAUCUAUAGGUGAUGCAUAUAUGAAACAUGCCCAGUUUAACAGGGAACCAAUCAACCCCAAAUUCCGAAUUUCCGAACCCAUGAGAAUGCCUAUCUUGUCUGCGAACCCCUCUAUUGUCUCUCAUCAUCUUCAACCAAGUGACUCUUUCCUCAUAUUUGCUUCAGAUGGGCUGUGGGAACACCUAAGUAAUCAGGAGGCAGUUGACAUUGUUCACAAUCAUCCCCGUACAGGAAGUGCACGGAGGCUAAUAAAAGCCGCUCUCCAUGAAGCGGCGAGAAAGCGAGAGAUGCGCUACUCCGAUCUCAAGAGGAUCGAUAAGAAGGUCCGGCGGCAUUUCCACGACGAUAUCACCGUUAUUGUCGUAUUUCUAAAUCAUAACGAACUAAUCACAAAAGGUGGCUCACAAGGGCCUUAUUUAUCGGUAAGAAGUGCUUUAGAUCAUUGAUCACCGCUGCUGAUCAGCGAGCUCCGAUCGACAUUAGAUGUUCGAUUCGUAGGUCUCUUCUAUCACUGUUUGUUGAAGUUGUUGUGCACAUAAAAUCGAUUGUUGCUUAUUUAUUACAAGCUCUUUUUUCUUUUUUUUUUUCCGUGUACCGGAAUCUUGAUCGUGGAUAAACAUCGAUUAGUUCUUCUCAUCUGGGCCCUUUGUAGAUUUUGAUUUAAGAAAAAAACAAGAAGAGAAUCUAUGAAUUAUUCCAUUUUGUAAUUCCAUUUCUUUUGUAUUAAA